AUGUACCCAUCAGGAAGCUCAACCGUUAUACUAGGCUGUCGCUCACUGUUGCGGAGCGCCCCCAAUUUAUAUGCCAGAAGAUGCACAAGUACAAUAUCACCGGUUUCAAAAGCUGGUAUCAAAACAACAUCGGAAAAAAGUUUUAGCGUGUUUCCUCGUAUUGAAGAUGUGAAUCCGGUUGAUAUUGUUGGACACAAGUCGUUCGGCUUCGGUACCUAUUUCGUGAGAAGAAGCGUAACAGGAAACUUACCUGUUUAUACAGAUUUCAAAGCAGGAGGCAAUAAAAUGGUGACUGAAAUAAGAAAGAUUGACGGUGACAUUAUUCAACUGAGGAAUGAUAUGCAGCUUGAUCUACCGCAUAUACCAAAGGAUUCCUGGAAAGUGGUCAUGCAAUCCAAGAAAAUUGUAGUCAAAGGUGAUUUCGUUCGUGAUCUCAAGAGGGUGCUGCAAAAGAAGUUUUGA